GUACAAAUGGCAAACUUAGGACGUUACAAGGAUAGAAACCCCGAAAUGAGGGCUGCCGGAUUGGCAUCGUCCUUGGAAACUUAUGGCACCAGGGAUUUGCUAUUGGUCGCUCAUCCGGAGGAAGAGGCUGAGAACCGUAUAAGGGCACUUUGUCGGCGGGACAGGCCCACUCCAUUCAAGCGUACGCCCAAGAUUCCCACCAAUCAGAUCGAGGACAUUCUCAGCAGUCGCGACAAGGGACUCUUUGCCGAGUUUCAGAACAAGUUUCGCGAGAGUAUGUUCUCCAGAAAGCCCGCUUUGGGUAAGGCCAAGGAAGUCCACUCGAAACCCGACUCGGUGACCAAUUUGAGCCGCACCUUCGGUCGCACCUACGAUCUUCAGCCCGAAGAUUCGCUCUACUGCGUUGUCCUGCCGCCGAAAUCGGCCGAGCAGGUUAAUCGGGAGUAUGCCGAAUUCCACGACAAGCACAUCGUCAGUCACAAUCACUACUUCCCCGCGGAGCAGAUCAAUCGAAGAUAUUCGAAGCCUUUUAGCCGGUUCAACACAUUCGGCAUACCACUGCCAGUAGAUCACACUGGUAUAAGGGUUAAACGCUGCUUGCAGGAAGGCGAGGAGCACUUGAUAAUUGUUAAGAAGCCUCAGAAGGACUUAGACGAUCGCACAAAAGGUCCUUUGGGCAAAAAGUUCACAUGGUAUCCCUAUCAGAUCCCGGAGAACAUGACCUUUGGUCGGACGAUGCCUCGCGAAACCGAUGUGCGAUCGCUGCUGGAAAACACCGCACCCUGCACCGCCUCCGAAAAGUUGGCCCGGGCAAUUAGCCACCUGAACAUGCUGCGCAAGUUGCUCCAGGAGCGGGAUGACUUCAAUAUGAACCAGGUUAUCACUGCUCUGGCAAAUAAGGAUAAAGACGGAAAGGGACAACUUCCUUUAAACGAGAUCAUAAAAGUGAUGCGUAGGUUGAAUAUUCCGGCAAGUGCCGAGAAAAUUCGCAUCGCUGCCUCCCAUUUCAAGUUGUUUGUGGACGAGGGAUGCUGUUCGGAACGAGUAAAGUACAUGGAUUUGUGCGAACUCCUCUCCAUUCUGAAGCCGCUGCCCAUGAUUGGAUCCAUUUCACCCAUGCCAAAGAUGGUCUACAAUCAGGAUACCGCCUAUCGACAGCUGUGCGCCGAUUUGGCCAAGAAACCCGACGAAGGUCGAAACUAUAACCAUCCCCAAAAGACUCGCAUUCAGAAAGAUGCGGAAGACACACGCGUCAAGGACGUUCUGAACCCGGACUUAUCGACCCUAUGUGGCAUAUGGCCAAGUGAUUUUAAGGUAUUGCGUAGCAAGGACGAGGUAGAACGUAUAUUUAAGGACAUUGUCUCGAAGGAACACUUUCAAUCAAUCUGGCUGAGUCUGAUGGAUGAGCAGAAGGAUCAGAAUGAAAUGGCAUCUGUUGCGCAAUUCCGAGCUGAGAUGAAAAGGAUCGUAAAGAACUGA